GUGUCACACGCGGGCAUGAUCAACCCCGAGGACCGCUGGAAGAGCCUGCACUUCAGCGGCCACGUGGCCCACCUGGAGCUGCAGAUCCGGGUGCGCUGUGACGAGAACUAUUACAGCAGCACCUGUAACAAGUUCUGCCGGCCCCGCAAUGACUUCUUUGGGCACUACACCUGUGACCAGUAUGGCAACAAGGCCUGCAUGGACGGGUGGAUGGGCAAGGAGUGCAAGGAAGCUGUGUGCAAACAAGGAUGCAACCUGCUCCACGGGGGAUGUAGCCUGCCGGGGGAGUGCAAGUGCAACUAUGGCUGGCAGGGGAAGCUCUGUGACGAGUGCCUGCCCUACCCCGGCUGCGUGCACGGCAGCUGCGUGGAGCCCUGGCAGUGCACCUGUGAGACCAACUGGGGCGGCCUGCUCUGUGACAAAGACCUCAACUACUGUGGCAGCCACCAUCCCUGCACGAACGGGGGCACCUGCAUCAACGCGGAGCCGGACCGGUACCGCUGCGCCUGCCCUGACGGCUACUCGGGCAAGAACUGCGAGCGGGCUGAGCAUGCCUGCGCCUCCAACCCCUGUGCCAACGGGGGCUCUUGCCAUGAGGUGCCGUCUGGCUUCGAGUGCCACUGCCCCCGGGGCUGGAGCGGGCCUACCUGUGCGCUCGACAUUGACGAGUGCGCCUCGAACCCGUGUGCGGCGGGCGGCACCUGCGUGGACCAGGUGAACGGCUUUGAGUGCAUCUGUCCUGAGCAGUGGGUGGGGACCACGUGCCAGCUGGACGCCAAUGAGUGCGAAGGGAAGCCGUGCCUUAACGCUUUUUCUUGCAAAAACCUGAUUGGUGGCUAUUACUGUGAUUGCAUCCCGGGCUGGAAGGGCGCCAACUGCCACAUCAAUAUCAACGACUGUCGCGGGCAGUGUCAGCACGGGGGAACCUGCAAGGACCUGGUGCGCGGGUACCAGUGUGUGUGCCCUCGGGGCUUUGGCGGCCGGCACUGUGAGCUGGAGCGUGAUGAGUGUGCCAGCAGCCCAUGCCGCAGCGGCGGCCUCUGUGAGGACCUGGUGGGUGGCUUCCGCUGCCACUGCCCCAAGGGCCUGUCUGGGCCCCUCUGCGAGGUGGACACAGACAUGUGCGAGCCCAGCCCCUGCCAGAACGGCGCCCGCUGCUACAACCUGGAGGGAGAUUACUACUGCGCCUGCCCCGACGAGUUUGGCGGCAAGAACUGCUCUGUCCCCCGGGAGCCGUGCCCGGGUGGGGCCUGCCGAGUGAUCGACAGCUGUGGGUUGGAGGCCGGGCCCCGGGUGCCCGGCACUGUGCCUCCUGGUGUGUGCGGCCCCCACGGGCACUGCGUCAGCCAGCCAGGUGGCAACUUCUCCUGUGUCUGCGACAGUGGCUUCACGGGCACCUACUGCCACGAGAACAUCGACGACUGCCUGGGCCGGCCAUGCCGCAACGGGGGCACGUGCAUUGACGAGGUGGACGCCUUCCGCUGCUUCUGCCCCAGUGGCUGGGAGGGCGAGCUCUGCGACACCAAUCUCAACGACUGCCUUCCUGACCCCUGCCACAGCCGCGGCCGCUGCUACGACCUGGUCAAUGAUUUCUACUGCGCCUGUGACAACGGCUGGAAGGGCAAGACCUGCCACUCACGCGAGUUCCAGUGCGACGCCUACACGUGCAGCAACGGGGGCACGUGCUACGACAGCGGCGACACCUUCCGCUGUGCCUGCCCCCCGGGCUGGAAGGGCAGCACCUGCAACAUCGCCGAGAACAGCAGCUGCCUACCCAACCCCUGUGCGAACGGCGGCACCUGUGUGGGCAGCGGGGACUCCUUCUCCUGCAUCUGCCGGGACGGCUGGGAGGGCCGCACCUGCACGCACAACACCAAUGACUGCAACCCGCUGCCUUGCUACAAUGGUGGCGUCUGCGUUGACGGCAUCAACUGGUUCCGCUGCGAGUGUGCACCCGGCUUUGCGGGUCCCGACUGCCGCAUCAAUAUCGACGAGUGCCAGUCCUCACCCUGUGCCUACGGGGCCACGUGUGUGGACGAGAUCAAUGGCUACCGCUGCAGCUGCCCACCCGGCCGGUCUGGGCUGCGCUGUCAGGAAGUGAUCGGGUUCGGGCGGUCCUGCUGGUUCCGGGGCACACCCUUCCCUCAUGGGAGCUCCUGGGUGGAGGAUUGUAACAGCUGCCACUGCCUGGACGGCCACCAGGACUGCAGCAAGGUGUGGUGUGGGCAGAAGCCUUGCUUGUUGACUGGCCGGCCCGAUGCACUGAGUGCCCAGUGCCCGCCAGGGCAGCGGUGCCAGGAGAAGGCCCCAGGCCAGUGCCUGCAGCCGCCCUGCGAUGCCUGGGGGGAGUGUGGCACCGAGGAGCCCCUCCCGCCCAGCACACCCUGCCUGCCACGCUCCAGUCACCUGGACAACAACUGUGCUCGUCUCACGCUGCGCUUCGACCACGACCAGGUGCCCCAGGGCACCACGGUGGGCACCGUCUGUGCCGGGAUCCGCUCCCUCCCGGCCACCAGGGCUGUGGCCCGGGACCGCCUGCUCGUGCUGCUCUGUGACCGGGCACCCUCGGGGCCCAGCGCCGUGGAGGUGGCUGUGUCCUUCAGCCCCGCCCGGGACCUGGCUGACGGCAGCCUGAUCCAGAGCGCGGCCCACGCCAUUGUGACCGCCAUCACGCGUCGGGGGAACAGCUCGCUGCUGCUGGCCGUCACUGAGGUCAAGGUGGAGACGGCCGUCGUGGGCGGCUCCUCUGGAGACCUGUUGGUGCCCGUGCUGUGCGGCGUGUUCAGCGUGCUGUGGCUGGCCUGCAUCGCCGUCUGCAUGUGGUGGACCCGCAAGCGCAGGAAAGAGCGGGAGAGGAGCCGGCUGCCGCGCGAGGAGAGCACCAACAACCAGUGGGCGCCGCUCAACCCCAUCCGCAACCCCAUCGAGCGGCCGGGCGGUGGGGGCCUGGGCGGCGGCGGGGACCACAAGGAUGUGCUCUACCAAUGCAAGAACUUCACGCCGCCGCCGCGCAGGGCAGGCGAGGCGCUGCCUGGGCCGGCAGGCCGUGGGAGGGGGGAGGAUGAGGACGACGAGGAGCUGGGGCGCAGUGAGGAGGACUCCCUGGAGGCUGAGAAGUUCCUCUCGCACAAAUGCACCAAAGACCCGUGCUGCGUGCCGGGGCGGCCAGCGCUCUGGGCCACGUGCCCCAAAGUGGACAACCGCGCGGUCAGGAGCGUCACCGAUCCCCGCUUCUCCAGCAAGGAGUAG